UUUUUUUUUUUUUGAUUUCUUUUUAUUUUUAUUUUUUUGUCACAGUAAUUGUUACAAUGUUUAAUCAAAAACCAGCCUUCAAGUUUGUCAUCAAAUCUAAACUUGAAGUACCUAAUACGGUAUCUGAUAAAAAGGAAACCUCAGUGACAACUGUACCUAACCCAGAUGACCGUAAACGUAAACGUACCGAGGGCUCUGCUCCCAUAGCCACUAAAAAAAUUCAUAGCCAAUUAUUAAAAUGGAACAAAAAAAAGGAAGAAUUGAAACAACAAGAUUUAACAGAAGCCGAAAAGCAAGAUGCUAAGAAUGAUUUCGCCGAUAUAGAUGCUUUGACUUGUUUGUUAUGUCAACGCAAAUUCAAGUCCAAGGCGGAUUUAACCAGACAUUUGGACCUAUCCGACCUGCACAAAAAUAACUUAAAGGUGCCCUCUAUGGUGAGUAAGGCCCUGUUGAAACUCAACUUCAAGUCAGAAGUCAAGGAAGAACAAGAGGUAGAAUAUCAAAGACAAGCUUAUGGACAACCGGAUAAACCCGUCUUAUCACCUCCCGCUUCACCACCAAGACAACCUUCACGUGAACUUGCUGCACUUCCAAAGGCAUCGAUGUAUACACCUAUUGGCGAUGACAACAAGGGAGCUCGUAUGCUGGCUCAGAUGGGUUGGAAAAAAGGUGAAGGUUUAGGUAAAGAUGGUACAGGUAUUCUGGAUCCCGUCAAAGCAGAAUCUUAUGGUCAAAAUGCUGGUAUUGGUUCUACACCCAAGAGAGAUGCUGGUGAUGGAAACUAUAGAACAAGAACUGUAAAUGUAGCACGUCAGAGGUACCUUGGCGAUCGAAAAUAAAUCAUUCAAAAAAUCUACAAUAAAAAAAUAAAAAAAUGAAGACUUUUUUUUUUUUUUAAUAUAUAUCCCUUUUUUCAACCUGAUUCACUACCAAAAGGCCAAUGAUUUGACUGAUAAAACAUGAUGAUCUUAUUACCAUUCUCC